CCUUCAGCCUCCCCUUACAGUGCUGUUCAGAGCCAGUGGAAGCUGUGGGUGAGGCCCUGCUCCACGUCUUCGAUUGUAGACUGAACACUGAGCCCUGAGGGGUUUGACGUCAGCGCGGUGCACGUUAGUUCUCGUCCCUGCUGGUCGGGGUACGAGUAGGGAGCUGGUCUCACCUAACAGAUGUGUCUGGGACACUCCAGUCUAUUUAUUCUAUCAAUUACACAUAGAUCCAGAUGAGCAUGAUGGAAGUAUGGGGAGGAUACCGGGUGGACAGAGUGCAGGAGAUGAGGUCUGCUGCCCCGGCUGAGGGAUACGUGAAGGAGUUCACACGCCACUCCAACGACGUGCUGCUGAACCUGAACGAACUCCGGCACCGCAACAUCCUGACCGACACCACCCUGGUUGUGGGCAACGUACACCUACGGGCGCACUGCGCUGUGCUCGUGGCCUGCAGUGGGUUCUUCUACUCGCUGUACUCCCGCCGUGUGUUGCUUCAGGGGCGUGAUGGCAGCAGGGAGCAGCUCAUGACCGUGUCUCUCCCCGACACCUUGGAUCCAUCCAGCAUCUCCCUGCUGCUCGACUUCAUGUACACCUCCCGCCUCCCUCUGACGCCGAGCAUCGUCCCCGGGGUGCUCACUGUUGCAACCUACCUGCAGAUGGACCACGUGGCUGAUACCUGCAGGGAUUUCAUGCAGCUGCACUGCAGGGAGAAUAUGAGUGCAAGACACCCUCAACUGGAGCUGGACUCCAGGGUGUCUGUAGCCUCUGUAGCCCCCAAAGGAGGGGACCUGCCCAAUCCAGGACCUCAGAGAUUAAACCCAACAGCGGUGGCAACAAGGGUCCCUGCGGAGGUCAGGGGCUCUCUCAAGCCAGGGGCUUUCCCGACCUGCCAGCUUGGGUCAAAGGAGCAGAAAGGAGAGCCUGAGUCGCCCUUCAUGGGCACCCCGACUCCAUCUCCAGACAGCCCUGCCCGCUCCAGCUGCCAACCAAACUCUCCAGCAGAAUCCAACACCUGCAACAAAAACCUUGUGAGUGAUGUCAAAGCCACGCCAGACCCAAAGGCUUGCAAUUGGAAAAAAUACAAGUACAUUGUCCUCAACCCUCUCUGUGCAGCCACUACAGUGAAGGAAGAGGAGAUGGAGGAACCGCAAAAUCACACAUCACCUAUGGCUGACAGGAUGGACUUGACACCCAGAGCACCAACAGAGGCGUGGUCUGGAGAGGUGCCUGGUCAGAUUGAUAGACAGGGGCAGGCCUCCUGCUACGAGGGUUCUGGCCGAGCCCCUCCCCUCGGGCCACCCCCCUCUGUGGAUCACCCAACAGUGCCUCCCACUCACAAGGAGGGAACAGUCUCACCCUGCACCAUUUUCCCCAACCUGCACCCUACUGAUCCAGAAGCUGCCCAGCAUGCAAUCAAGCGUGAGAACUGCUAUAUGCCCUACUGUUAUUCAGGCAACCUUCAAGGAACCAAGACUGUCUGCUCAGGCGACAAGCCAUACCGCUGUAAUGUGUGCGGCGCCCAGUUCAACCGACCGGCCAACCUGAAGACUCACUCUCGCAUCCACUCAGGAGAGAAGCCUUACCGCUGUGACACCUGUGGCGCACGAUUUGUUCAGGUUGCCCAUCUGAGGGCCCACGUUCUGAUCCAUACAGGGGAGAAGCCUUACCCCUGCAACACCUGUGGCACCCGCUUCCGCCACCUGCAGACCCUGAAGAGCCAUCUGCGCAUUCAUACUGGAGAGAAGCCGUACACUUGUGAGAAGUGUGAGCUUCACUUCCGCCACAAAAGUCAGCUGCGUCUUCACCUGCGCCAGAAACACGGGGCCGUCACCAACACCAAGAUCCGCUACAAGGUCCUGACCGAGCCCUACCAGCCUAUUCUGCAGGACUGCUGAAGAGGCCUGACCUUUGACUCAUUAAACCCUACCAGCAUGCUGGUUAGAAUAAUAUCUGAAUAUCUAAAUCUGUCAGAAAAUGUGAAUGAAUUGACUUCAGUGAUUUUAAAUUAUUAGCACCUGGUGUUUGAAUAUGAGGUGGCCAUUUAACUAACUUUAACAGACUAGUUAGAUGACCAGCUUGGACAUCAUGUAAAUUAAAACGGAUUCCAUUUGGAGAGAGAGAUGGCCAUUUACAAAUAACCUUUAGCAUCAAUAUGUUGUCGGAUGAGGUUUGGAGCUUGGAGCUAACGUAACGCACUUAUUAGUAUGAAUCUAGAAGGUUCAUUAGAAAUCCUGGGUGGCUUUUCUGAGAUGGAGAUGAUGUUAAGAAAAGUGUCUUUGAAGGUUUGUGAAGGGACAGAAGGAAGUGAACGAGACAUGAAAGGAAAGUAAAAAAUAUGGAUGAAUUGGGAUGUGUGUACACUGAAUUUUGAAGAAGUAUGAGUAUGUGAACGAAAGAUAAAGCAGGUUUUAUGAAGGACAGGUGGAGAAUUUUGGAGUUUUUGGAGUUAAUUAAAUUCUAACGUUUGUUUUAAGCCUGGAGAAGCACUUAAUCAGUGUUAAGUUACUGAAAUCUUCUUCUUAAAUGUGUAUUUAACUCAGAUUUAUCUUAACCUUGAGGCCUGGGGCCUGCAUGUUCUUUAAAAAACAAAACAAAGUAUGCAGUGACUUCUGCUUUUAUGGUCCAAGCAGGCAAAGGACUUAGUUGUCUUGUACUGAGUAUAAAGUAUAGAAAUGAAAUGAUGUAUUGUUUUCUGACAUGAGCAAUUUAAAUGAGAAGACUGUAAGCAAUUGGAUAAUUAAUAAUAAUGUGUAUGAGUUCAUUUGCUGGACAAAGAUGGUUUUGUACAAUUUAAAUUAAAUCAUUUUUAUAUCAAUUGGU